GCAGGUAGCAGAAUCUGCAGACCUAUGCUUAUGCUUUAUCUGCCUUAUUCCUCUUUACCUAGGGUGGGCACAUGAUGAAGUAUAUUCUGCUUGAUAGUGUCUUAUUAAAUGUGCAAUUUGGCUGCUUAUAACAAUUGCACUCACCUGAUUGAACAUUGCACUUCAAAGUAAUUUGGCCUCAUGUCUUGUAAAAAUAAAUCUAAAUGUAUUCACAAUACACAGAAUAAAGCAUUUUGCUAUUUCAGUGUUUAGUGGCAUUGUUGCAUAACAGUAUAUAUUUGGAAAUUUUAAAUGUACCUCAGCAGUUCAAUUAUAAUCUUUAAAAUAAAUAAUCGGGUAAAGUAUCCUGAAUAAAAUCAAUCAGGUGAGUGGCAUGCUUUGAACAUGCAUAAUCAAUAUCUUGCUGACUGACACCUGAUCUGCGGCUGAUUUGCAGACAUGUUGCCAGCAAUGAAACAGAUAAUGAAAAAUUGUAACAUUUAGCCAUAACAAUUAGCCUUUCACCAUAAAACCUGAAUUUUGUCAGCAGAAGUAUUGCCCCUCCUGGUAUAAAAGAAAGCAAAAUUAGACUGUACUAUUAAAGGAGUAUGGUUGAUUGUGCAUUCAGAAUUGUUAAAUGAAGGAAGGCAUUGAGGAAAAUGAAGAUAUCAUUUAAAUUGUAAUAUUUGGCACUUAAUUAACCUGACAAGCUCCAUUAAACUGCAAAGCUGCUGUUAACUUUUUGCUAUUUAUAUAGAAUAGCCCCAUUCUGCCCCAUGUAGUUGUUCAUGUUUACAGAUAACAAUUACAUUUGUUACUAUUGUAACCAAAAGCUCUGCAUGUUUAAAAAUUUUGUAUGGUAAUCCCUGUAAGAGGAGAAUGAGAAGGCUUCAGGAAAAUAGCACAUUUUUUAAUGUUGGCAGGUUUCUACAUUUAUACUUUGAUUUCUCUUUCCUGCAAAGGCUUCUCACACAAAGAAUUUACUUCCAACUUGGUAUGUCCAUUGUUAUGGAGCGCAACCUUUUGUAACAUACUUUACAUAGAAUAACCAGCAAGUGUGAAAUCAAUAAUUUAAGACAUUUAUUAGAUGCCGGACAUAUAGAAUUAAAGCGGUUACCAUUACCGAAGUGGACGCUCAAGUAAUAUGUCAUGGUAGUAUAUAAGUGAGUGCCAUGCAAUGAUGGAGAUAGAUUGCAUGAAAAAGUAAAGGGAAAAAGCAAUCACUAUAACUAAACAGAAUUCAAACAAAGUGCUUUGUAGUAUUUUAUAUUAAUUUGCUGUUGACUGUGGCCAUUGAGUAAAUCAUUUAGGAGCACAGGGAUUGAGCAGCAUCUUGAAUUUUAGAAAUGUAUAAAUAUAUAAAUGUAUAACUAUGCUUACUUGAGAGGAGUUUAAACUGACAGUUCUAUGUUGUGUCAGAGGAAACAGGUUAAAUUAAAUCCUAAAAGCUGAUUAUUAAAAAGCAUUGACUAAAACUGUACUGAGAGCUGUAAUGUACAAAUGUCAAAGCAUAAUUAAUAAAAUGUAUUAACAGACAAAAUGACAUAGAAAGAGAACAGUAAAAAUUGCAGUAUUUAAGAUGUGGAACAGUAAGCAUAUAUAGUAUUAAGUACAAACUAGACUUAGUCCACAGUACAGUACUAUUAGUAAAUUUGAACAAACUUUCCAUGCUAGAAUUUUCAAAUCAUUUUCUAUAGGUUUGUUGACUACAAUGAAGAAGAACAAAUGCAUUAUUCUUGUCAAUUGGACAUGUGCCGUUUAUCAGCUAAGUGCACUGUUUGCUUACAGAGCAGACCUAAAGUUAACUGAAAUGCCAGAAGAAGAGGGAAAAUAUAAAAAUGACUUUGUUGUCUGGACAGACAAUGAAAUACAACUGCUUUUAAAAGUUACAAGCAAAUAUACAAGUGAGAAUAAAGUUGUCAUAGCCUUGGAAAAUGUUGACUGGGAUCCUUGACAGAAUAAAUACAGCUAAAUAUUCAAGUAUUUCAAGGCACAAUACCAGUUUGCUGAUGCAAAGUAGUUAGGGAAUGAAUUGUAUGAAUAAACUGAAACUGGUGGCUGAUCAAAUGACAAUUCUAAGUAAGUGUUUUCAAAGUUUCAUUUUUCAAAUCCACACUGCUAUGUGAGGCCCAGUGUUUUACAUAUACACACUUAGAAAAGAGUUUUAACAGGAUAUGUUUUCAGUAGCCGAAAAACCCAUUUCAGUGUGGAUGGAAGGUCAAAACCAAAUAAAUGAAAGAAUGUGGUUUCUAUUUUAUCAGUGUUAGUGUGUACAAGGUGUCAGAGCAUUUUUUUGUCACUUUGCUUAAGUACAAUGGUUUUCACCUUGAUGAACCACUUGUUUCACUCAACCACAUUUUGGGACAAGGCAAACUUCAUCAUUCAUCUGCAUUUUAAGCCAUGCUGAUGUUGCAUCACUCAGGAGUUCAUAUGCUAAACUUAGAAGAGGCAGGAGUUGGUUUUUAUUAUGAUCAAAAUAGUCUGAAAUAUUUCAAGCUAUUGGCAAGUUUGUAUGGUAAAAUGGGUUACAUAACAGCUUAUUCUACAGGAUACUAUAUGUUAAUCAAUGUGGUCUUGGGAACAUUUCAUAAGUAAAGUAUUUAGUGGACACUGGAGUUUGCCGAAGUGCCAUAAUAACUACAUAUAAUACAGUAUCUGUGUACUUCAUUUUGCUAAAGUGGAGUAGAAUGAAUUUUAUUAAUGAACAAGGUAGUAGGGUACAGCAGUACAUGCUAUAUAUUUAUCCAGAAACAAUCCAAAAGAAUUACUAAUGCAACUGUCUUAUAUAAUAAAUCCAUAGCUGGUUCUGUUAAAUUAAAACAUUUCAAUCACUGUGCAAACCAUGUUUUGUGAUAAAACCAUUUAAGGUUUAGUCAGGCACUAGCUCAGAUACAGCAAUCACUGCCCAGACCUCUAAUUAUUUUAUGAUGAUUUCUGAAUUAGAAAAUAGAACAGGAAUCUACUAUUAGAAGUAGAAUACACAUGGACAUUGUAUGUUUAAAUAGAAUUAAUCAUUUGUACCUUUAAACUCACCUUGCUGAGAUAACUGCAACACUGAUGACCCUGGUAAAGGGAAGUGUGCUGAUUGCUACACAGAUACACAAAAGAUUUUAUAAUUGUUACAUGGAUCUUUUUUUUUCCUGUUUAUUAGUCCUCAACUUUAAGAAGUACACUGAAACACGGUGUAUGAAAGUUAAAAUUUCCAAUAUCAAUGUGUAUGUCCUUAUUACAUAUCUCCUUUCUCAUUCACAUUUUCAAGGUCUGUCCCAGAAAGAAUGAAAAAGAAGCAAUGCUUAUUUCAGUAUAGGCCUGUAUUAGAAGUGUUUGUCAUGUUACUUAUGGUGGCCAUAUUAUCCAUCAGCAGGUGUUAGGUGUAAUCAGAUCAGUUGUUUUGAAUGUAAAUUAAAAUAACAUCUUGCAAAAUAUAAUCGAUUGUUUCUUUUGCUGUACUACAGGUACAUAUAAUAGACUUCUCAGAAAAGUUGCAGUAUUCCAUUAUUAUAUAGUUCUCUAGCAGUUUUUGGAUUUUUCAGUAAAACUUUUUUGAACUCUUACUUUUCUAAGCAUGACCCACAUAAUAAUUUGAGUAUUUCUGAAAAGGCACUGAAUGUAUUGUAAAUUUUCAAGAUAAGGUUAAUCCUUAGGGAAGGAAUUAUAUUUAUAUUCUUAAAUUAAGCAAAACUUUGUAUAUCCUGAACAAGAUGAGAAAUCCUCUCUGUCAAAAAAGAACAUAUGAAGUGAAGAAUACAAAACCUGGAUGUUUUUAAGGCUAUGAGAGGGCAGGACUCCAUAAUCCAGACUAAACAAUUGAUUCCCCAUUUUUUGUGACAUUGGAGCAUAUACCUGAGAUGAAGUCAUGAUGGAUUUAUUGGAUCUUCAGCAUAAUGCACUAUCAGGAAGGAAGCCUUCUUCAUACGUAUAUUCAAACUGUAUGGCUUACUGCACUGAAAAUAUGUAUGGAUACCAUUCAUUUUAUUGUUUUAUUGAUAUCUGGGAUUUCUAAUAUCAGUUAUAUUAAAAUGAGUGUCUUCAAAAAAAUCUGGUGACCUGAUGUUGAUGUCUUUGAGACCAAGCAGAUGGCAGAUUUUGAAAGGGAAGCCCAACAGCUGUACCUGAAAACUUUCAAGUUAUAAUUUAACACCUGACAAAAGAGGAUGUUGUGGUUUUGAGAAUGUAAUGUUUUCAGAGCCGAAUCUAGACACUCUGCUGUGAUACUGACCUGGAAAAAUUAAUCAGGUUGCAUUUACAGCAUAUAGAUAUGGCCCAAGAGACAAACCAGAGUCCAGUGCCGAUGCUGUGUGCCACAGGUUGUGGCUUUUAUGGGAAUCCAAGGACAAACGGAAUGUGCUCAGUGUGCUAUAAGGAAUACCUUCAAAGGCAGCAGAGCAGUGGAAGAAUGAGUCCUAUGAGCCCGAUGGGUACAAAUAGUGUAUCCAGUAGUCCUACAACAGAAGUCUGUGCAAUCCAGAGAAUAGAAGCAAGUUUAAACAGUUCAGAAUCCACUUCAUCCAGCGUAUUGGAUACAUCCAGGGGCACACCAGCAUCGUCUUUGCCAGUAACGCAACAAAUGACAGAAAUGAGCAUUUCAAAUGAAGACAAGGUCACAACACCAAAAACUGAAGCUACCGAACCAGUUGUUACUCAGCCAACGGCAUCAACUUCACAUCCCUGUGCAUCAGGCAGUGAAGAACCCAAAGCCCCUGAACUCCCCAAAACAAAGAAAAAUCGAUGUUUUAUGUGCAGGAAAAAGGUUGGACUAACAGGUUUUGAUUGUCGCUGUGGAAAUUUGUUCUGUGGGCUCCAUCGUUACUCUGACAAGCACAACUGCCCCUAUGAUUACAAAGCAGAAGCAGCAGCAAAGAUAAGGAAAGAAAACCCUGUCGUCGUAGCUGACAAGAUUCAGAGAAUAUAAGGCAGACACUUUUUUCUUUCUGUUGAACACUGUUAAGAGUGAAGAAAGGACAAUUUCUUUUUUUUUAAGAUCUCAAAACUCAUAUACUGAGCACAUGCAUGAAUGAUCACUUUUUCUUUUUUUUUCUUUUUUUCUUUUUUUUUAAGAUUAUUCAGCAUUUUACUUUAUUCCCGUUGUGUAUCGUUCCUCUUGGCUUAGGGAAAUAAUGCAGUCCCGGGCAUCAUUUCAGGAAAUCUUACGUACUGUCAGCCAACCUUUUAUUCAAAGGCGAUAGAUGAUCUUCUUUAAAGCCGGCAUAUUCUUUUUGUGCCAAAAUUUGGAAGGAAUUCUCAUGGCUUUGGGUUUUUCUUGUCAAGCAAAGCAUUGAUUUCAGUGCUAAUGGUGACUUAGAAAGGUGCGUCUGCAUGCUUGCCUACUUCUUUUGGGCCGAUGAGCAGAUUAAACACUUGCAUUAUAUUUUGUCCCUUGUUUAUGUCUUCAGGUUCUUUUGUGAUCUGUUGAAGGUGAAAUUCACAUCUUUAAUACAAAACUUGCCUGGAUGUUCUUAGUGUUCUUGGACAAGAUAUGUGACUGUGUUUGGUAUCAACCCCCUGUCACUCCCUGCCCCUCAACCACAUUUUGUUUUAAUCGCUUUCUGAUGAAGUUGUUAACCUGAUGCUGCUUUUCCAGGAAAUGCAUAUCCUGUCAUGAAGUUAUUGCAAGUUAUAUUGUGCCAUAUGCGAUAGCAUGUGUGGGAAACUUGCUGAAAUCAACGUAAUGUCUUUUAUAAGCUGCCUGUUAAAAAAGUAAUUUAAAAAAUAAUUGUAACGAUUCAGUGUUGAAAAAGGAUAUGCUCAGAAGAGCAGGUGUGCAUUGUAAACCAGUAGAAUGCUGUGUGCCAUUAGUUAAAAUGGUUCAGUUCUGUCCAUCUUUUGAAACAAGUUCUGCAGAGUUUUAUGAGAUAGUGAGUUUAUAGGCUUACAAUGAACUCUUCAAAGCAGUGAUAGUAAUCUGAUGCCUGAAACCAUGCCCAGUAGUCUGCUUCUCAAAUUUACUUGGGUGUAGGAGUGUAAUUUUGGGUGUAUUGCAUGGGUUGCUUAUCUACAGUGUAAAAUAUCUGAAAUGUAGAAAUGGCAAUAUACUUCACUAAUGCUUGUUCAGUAUUUCCACUUCUGUUCAUAAUGGAAGGUUCUUGGGACAUCCUAGAGAUUGUGCUGAUAUUUACAUAUAUAAUGUGUAUGUUUACAUAGCAGAUCUGUGAAUUGCAUGCAUAUGUACACAUACACAUAUCUACAUAUAUACAGGAUUCAGUGGUUGGAGCUAAGGAGGAAAUAAAAGCAAAGUUGAAUUAAAAGGGUUGAUUUUGCUGGUGCUAGGAUUUUAUUCAAACCAGUGUGUUUUAUCUAAAAGCUUGAACAGUAGUGUAAUAAAAUGUGUGUAUGUAUAUUUUUAUGUUGCAUAUAUAUUUAAAAUGUACUUAUACCCAAAUAGCCAUCCAUUCUAAAUACUGUAUGAUUCUAAUAUGACAAUUUAUUGACAAAAUACCUCUGUCGUUUAAAGGAAUAGUCCUCCCAAACUUCAUGGCUUAAUAUUUUUUCUCUUGAAAAGUAUCUAUUCAGAUAAGAGGAAACACUGAUAUUCACCACAGUUAAGCUGUUGUUCAGAAUUUAGGAAAGGAGUUUAUAUGAUGAAAAAUGAAAGGCCGAAUUAUCCACAGAGCAUCUUUAAAGCCGUGAUAAGGAACAUAAAGCAUUCAGAACCAUAGAAAUAAAUGAAAACGGUAUUCAGGUUAUUUUGAAUGUACUCUUCUGCCAUUUUUCUCACUGCUAACGGAUGGAAAUUCCACUUACAAAUAAAAAUAAAUGAAUUUGUUUCAUGUGUUGUUUUCAAGAGGAACAAUUCUGUUUAUGCCAUCAGCCUCCAUGACAUUGUGAAUGUCUUUGGCACUGAAGAUGCUUGGUGGAGAUUUUGCUUUCUAUUUACUGUCUUUUCACUGUUCGAAGACAAGACCACGGACAAGACAGGAUCAUCAGCCGCCUACACAAUAUUGAAGAACUGUUUAACCAGAAUGCAAAAUGGUUUCCCCUUGGCUAAAUAUAUUUUUCAGGAAAAUUUGGGCUCAGUAUUCCUUUAAAGGUUUACCUUUUAGAUUUAAAUGCAAGUUGAACAAUCUGCUUUGGCUCCUGUAUAUGUGUAUAACUAUAUAGUCUACAUUAGCAGUGUGGUAACAUAUAUUCUUGUAAAUAGAUUCCUUGUCGGGAUAUUGCUUCAUAUCCAUUUUCCUAGUUAUGUAUUUUAUUUGGUUAUCCAAUGCUCUUCUCAUAUAGGAAUGUGAGAUUUUUGCUUUUGAAACUAAUGUAUUAUUUUCACUUUUUUCUUUUCAACUUCAUUUUAGUUAUUCAAACUUGUUCAAGAGGGAUAGGUGUGUUCAUAUUUAUGUAUUGCAUAUAAUCUUGCUAUUGAGCAUUAAUGCUAAACUGUAUUAUGUAAAUAAAAUUAUGUACAGAGAGAUUAUA